CGGUUUUUAAAUUAUAAUCAAUGUCCAAAUCUAAACAAACAUAAUAAUAAAAUCAGAAUUAGACUAGUCGGUGAGAUUCGACUGAAACCUUCGCGGGGGGUCACAUUAUAGAUAUGAGAAUGGGGAAAACACGCAGGCCGCAUUAACACUACACUAAACUUAAUGUCAGGUAUCGGGCCGCAAUGGCAUACGUGCAGUGGGUCUAAAGAAGCACAUAACAAAAAAUACUACCUGGCAGAUGUCUCGGGCACCAAAAAACUCGAUGUGAAAAAUAAAAUUGCAACGGCUCAUAUGGAGUAUCAUUUUGUUGAAGGUGGCUAGUGGGGUGCCAACCUCCGAAAAUGGAGAAAAUUUAAUUGCAUACAGAUUUAUUGACAUGGAACUUCAAUCAAAUAAUAUUGAAAAGCAAAGUGGCGUAAUAUCUUGACAAGAUUCGUUCACUGCAUACAGUUCCCUGCAACUCAAAUCCAGCUUUGAGUGGACAUAGAGAAUCACUUCAGCAAGACGAUCAUGGCUCCAUUGUGGGAAAUUUUCUUGGCUGUUUGAAACUACUGUCUGUUUUGUAGCCUCACUUGAAAAUGAAAGAACACUUGACAUCUAUGAAAGAACAAUUGACAGCUAUGAAAUAACACUUGACACAUAUGAAAGACCAUGCUGGAUCCAUGUCCUUUCUCUUCCCUGGUGCUCAGAAAAAAACUCAUCCAUCUGAUGGCUUCCACUGUGGGCCAGAAUUUAUAGAGAUGCAAUUGUGGCGCCAAGUAUUAUGGUAUAAUGUUUGUCUCAAAUCAUGAUCAAGCACACCGUGAGCACAUAUCAGUUGAUUUUGAGAGGAAAGAUAUUGGUUUUAUCCAGAUAAGUCAGAAGGAUGCUAAAAGAUAUGUUCAAGACAUCUUGCACCAGCUAGAGAAAGAUGAAAUGAAGCUAGAGGAUUGUCGAUCACAGGGCUAUGACAAUACUGCUUUGAUGGCUGGACACAGAAGUGGUGUCCAACUGUCAAACAAAGAAUAAGUGAGAAGAACAAGCUUGCCGUGUACGUCAGUUGUGAUAAUUAAUCGCUCACCUUGGUAGGUGUACAUGCAGUUAAAGCAGGAGCCAUCAAUCCCUUUUUGCUUUUUUUCUCUUGUUCAACACAGCAUACAGCUUUGGGAAAAACUUGAAAAUGCCACCCCAGUGGUUGUGAAGUUUAGAGUCUGACACCAGGUGGAGUGCAAGGACAGAUCCAGUAAACCCUGUCAAAACAUACCUUGAAAACAUACUGCAGAGUCCUCCAGGACAUGAUAGACAAUACAAAUGAGACCAGUGCAACAAAAAGUGAGGCAACACAGUCGUAUAAUUGCACGUUGAGUUAUGAUUUUCUGACAUUGCCGGUGUUUGCCCUGGGCGCCAUUAAGUCAAGGUACACCACUUUUUACAAACCCCCCCUUUAGUCCACUUUCAAUGAAUCCCCCUUUUAGUCUUCUUUGCAGAUGUCCUUUAAGAGAACUUAUCUUUUUCUUCCUUUAAAAUAGUGUUAUCCCCCCUUUUUGUCCCCUUUGCAGAUGACAUUAAUGAACGACCCCUUAGUUUAAAAAAAACAUAUUGAUACUAUCUGUGGAUCAGUAGGUAAGAUGCCC